AUGCUCGGGCAUGAGGAUACCGGCAUGAAGUCAGGAACGUUCCUGGGUAAUGUGAACGUACCAAGGUACGCAUUGGGUGUUCUUCGAGAGGGCGCGCUGUAUUUUUAUUGGGAUGCGCUUCUGUGGGUCGGAACGUUGCUAUCGUCUUUGGGUGUGAGCUCGACGUUCGUCCCUCCAGCUAAGCAGCAGCUCAGACCACAGGUCGUACACGUCGACGCGAUGCAUUUCCAACACUUCCUCGCUCUCGCAGUGUCAUUGACUGCAACCCUCAUCCAAGUUGCCGACGCCGCACCGCUCCCAAUCGACGGCACGCUCGAAGAGAGGCAGCUCCUCGGCUUAUCCCUGCCCCUCGGGCUUACCCUCGACCUCCCGCUGCCGUCCCUGCCCGCCCUCGGCAUACCACUCCCCACCGGGCUUAUCCCCGACCUAGGUUUGCCCGCGCUGACGGCCCUCCUCCCCGCGCUCCCGCUGCCCACGGGCGUUAUCCUGGGGUUGCCGGCGGCGCUUACUUCGCUCAUCCCGGCACUCCCUUUGCCCACAGGGAUCCUCCCACCUGGGGUCCUCCCGUUCAAAGAAGCCCAUCCGCCUGCACCCGCUGCCGUAGAACUUGGAGAGAGGCAGCUCGACAUCCUCUCGUCCAUCCUCGGCGCGCUGCCCUCCAUCCUCCCCCUGCCCCUCCCGACGGGGGUUGUCCCCGUCCCAAGCGCGCCUCUCCCACCCCCGCCCCCAGCACCGACCCCCGCUCCGACGGCGACGGCCCCAGCGGCCGGCGGUGAUCUAACGGAUGUGGUAUCGAGCCUCUUGUCGGUGCUCGUUCCUCUGAUCACGAACGUGAAUGUUGGAGGUGCGCUCCCGACGCCGCCUGCGGUGACGGGUGGGGUGGGUGUGCCGUCUGUUACGGUUGGACUUCCGGUGCUCGAGCCGAUAUUGGAGACGCUCCUUCCUGGGCUUGGGUUGUAG